AUGGCCCGUUUACACUCCCUUUGUUUUGCUUUGUUUUGUCUUUCUUCUCGGGGACUGGCUGGAGUUAUCCCUGAUUCCAGCAGCCUGAUUGACUCUCUUCUGGAGGUUGCAGGGCAAUAUAUUCCUCCGCUAGACUACGUCCCUCAUCCGGUAGGCGUCCCGUAUACGAUCCAAAAUUACUCUGUCGCGCCAUGGGUUGGAAGCCCCAACACUCACUCGUCGGACACGACGGUGGGUGUGUCCGGCAACACCGAGACCUGCGCGGGUCUUACGUCGGGUUCGUCAAAGUUCUGGUAUGAGGCUAUCGCACACAAUGGCGAGUCGUCAUAUCUAGACUCGGCCUAUAAACCAAAUUACAAGGUGUUCCGCAAUGUGGUCACCGAUUAUGGCGCAGAUAAUACUGGAACGAGGGAUGCCUCGGCGGCCAUCCAGGCGGCAAUCAAAGCGGGAUCAUCCAAUGGCCCGGAUCGCAGCUCCAAAUCCAUGGGUAGUACUGGACAGCCUGCAAUGGUCUAUCUUCCUGGAGGGACGUACUUGAUGGAAAACAGCAUUCAGAUGUACAUUGGAACAGUGAUUGUCGGAGAUCCCACGAAUCCUCCGGUUCUCAAGGCUAGUUCUAGCAUCCCGAAUGACCAUAUCGUCUACGCCAAGGAUCCGAAUUUUGGCGGCACUGUCAACUUUUACAUUGGGAUCAAGAAUAUCGUGAUCGACUCGACAAACGUGGCCGCGACUCAGAAGAUUGCGCUGCUGGAUUGGACGGUCAGCCAGGCUACACAGUUGACUAAUGUGGUCUUCAAAAUGCCUCAAGGCUCUACGGGACACACCGGCCUAACCACGCAAUAUGACUACAACAGCAACGUGAUUCUGAAUGAUCUCCAUUUCAUCGGUGGUGCCAUUGGAAUGGAUCUCAGUGGCCAGCAAUGGGUGUUCAAGAACCUUACCUUUAGCGGCACUACCACCGGUGUGAUAGCCGGGGGAACGAAUAUCGUUUUUGUCGGAUGCCAUUUUGAGGGGGGGACCACAGGUAUUGAUGCCAGUAGCACUUCCGGGUCUUUGACGGUCAUCGACACGACUGGCUCCAAUAUGGGCACGCUGGUCUCAACUACAGACUCAGGCACUGCUGGCAACUCCAUCAUUUUAGAAAAUAUCCAAAACUCUGGCAACACUGCGAGCUUUUCAGGAGUUGUCCAGGUGGCUGGCGAUGUCCCUGAGACGUGGGUACAUGGUGAUCUGUAUAAUUCGGGCGAUACAACCGUCAAGUAUGUUGGAGGACAGACGGUGCAUACACCACGCACGUCAGCCCUCUUAUCAGGGAAUAACUAUUUCUUGAUGCGUCCCCCCAACUACGAGGAUUACUCUGUGGACCAAUUCAUCAACAUCAAAUCUGUAACCGGGCUUCCUGUUUAUGGAGACGGCGUCACCGAUGACACCCAAAACAUCAAUUCAAUUCUCAGCCAAUACGCCGGAUGCAAGAUCAUCUAUUUCCCCGCAGGAACCUAUAUCGUGACCGACACCAUCUCAGUGCCUGCGGGCUCCCGUAUUGUGGGAGAUGCGUAUGCUUCUGCCAUCAGCGCUGUCGGUGGUAAUUUUUAUAAUGCCAACGCACCAACCACGAUGGUAAAGGUCGGGAACGUCGGGGAUGUGGGUGUAGCGCAAAUCAACGACAUGCUCUUCACCGUCGCCGACGUUCUACAGGGAUGCAAACUGGUUGAGGUCAACAUCGCUGGCGCUUCUCCCGGGGACGUCGGUUUAUGGAACUCGCAUUUCCGUAUCGGUGGUGCCGCCGGGAGCAAAGUCGAAACCAACUGCGCCGGUACGCCCGACUCAUGCAAGGCUGCAUGGGGCCUACUACAUCUGACCAGCUCCUCGUCCGUGUACAUCGAGAACAUGUGGGGAUGGACUGCUGACCACGACCUGGACGGUUCGCAUGGUCAAACCAUCUCCACCGGUCGGGGUCUUCUCGUCGAGGCCACUCGAGGCACAUGGCUGGUUGGAACUGCGUUUGAGCACCACACGCUCUACCAAUACAAUUUCGAAAACGCGGCCAACGUCUUCUCUGCGCUGCAGCAAUCCGAAACCCCUUACUGGCAGGGGCCCGGCAACGAUCUAGCCCCCGCUCCCUGGACUGACGACCUGGGCUCCAGCGACCCAGAUUGGUCGAACUGCGCCGCAACCGAUUCUCUGUGUCGCAUGGCCCUGUUCGAACGGAUCCGGGGCUCGUCGAACCUAUUCCUGUACGGCGGCUGCGUCUGGACAUUCUUCAACAACAACGGGGGUUGCAACGGCGACUGCGAGCAGAACGCCAUCCGCGUCCAAUCUUCUCGAGGACUCUAUCUGUUUGGAACCAACACGAAGAGCGUGACGAACAUCUUCCUGGACGAUGACCUGGUGGUGGCCACUGAAACGCAGAAUGCUGGCGGAUGGGGGGCUGUUGUCGCGGCCUAUUUAUACGACACUUGA